AUGGCUUUGAGAGGACCGCUUUCCCAUCUUCUCAGAACUCAGCUCAGCCACACUUGCCAGCAAAGCAGAGCCCAAUCGGUGGCUGUUCUGGGCGCCCCGUUCUCAAGAGGACAGAAAAGAAGAGGCGUGGAGCACGGGCCGAAAGUUAUCAGAGAUGCGGGGCUCAUCGAGAGGCUGUCCAGUCUGGAAUACUCUGUCCACGACUUUGGCGACCUGAGCUUCCACCACCUGGAGAAGGACGAGCCUUACAUGGACGUGAAGUUUCCCCGAACGGUGGGCGCCGCCAACAAGCUGCUGUCGGGCGCGGUCAGCAGAGCCGUGGGCGCCGGCCACACGCUGGUCAUGCUGGGCGGGGACCACAGCCUGGCCAUCGGAUCGGUCAGCGGACACGCCCAGCAGUGCCCUGACCUGUGUCUCAUCUGGGUGGACGCUCACGCGGAUAUAAACACGCCCAUGUCCUCCCCGUCAGGGAACCUUCACGGGCAGCCGGUGGCCUUCAUGCUCAAAGAGAUGCAGGACAAGAUGCCGGCUCUUCCUGGGUUCUCGUGGACAAAGCCAUUCCUCUCCUCCAGGGACCUGGUGUACAUCGGACUGCGGGAUGUGGACCCCGGAGAGUACCACUUACUGAAGAAUCUGGGCAUCCAGUACUUCACCAUGCGGGACAUCGACAGACUGGGCAUCCAACGGGUCAUGGAGGUCACUCUUGAUCAUCUUCUUUCGAGGAAACAGCGACCAGUCCACUUGAGCUUUGACAUCGACGCCUUUGACCCGUCCCUGGCUCCUGCCACGGGAACGCCGGUGAACGGAGGUCUGACCUACAGGGAGGGAAUCUACAUUACGGAGGAAAUCCACAACACAGGUCUGCUGUCGGUCAUGGACCUGGUGGAGGUCAACCCCGUCCUGGGGGCCACCCCGGAAGCGGUGGAGGCCACCGCCUCUCUGGCGGUGGACGUCAUCGCGUCGUCCCUGGGGCAGACGAGGGAAGGCGCCCACGCCUCCAUCCACGCCAUCCCCGCCGAGAAGGACGACACAGAGCAGCUCUGCCUCUGA